GCGGACUAGCUGGGGGAGAGUGCAGUUUUAGGUUGACGGAUAAGGUGGUGCGUUACCGAUACGGUUUUAAGUGUUGACUUGGAGCUAAUGAGAAAUAAGUGGUGGGUGGAGAGGACAAACGAAGUGGUGCUUGAGGAUAAACAGAAGAAUUUGAUUUUGGGUGUGAAUUAAUGCCGUGUAUAGGAGAAAUGUGAAGUGCAUUCAUACGAAGAAAAAGAUUUCAGUUGUUUCUAUAACAGGAGCAUAGAUAUAAAUUGAUCCGAACCUAGCCCGUACGACCCAUUAUGUUCCAUUCCGGCGCUGGUAGCAAUGGCUACAGUGACGGCAACGCGGGCUUCCACCAACAUCUCCAACAAUCCCCUGUUUACGUCCCAAGCAGCAGGGCCGUACCGCAUCAAUAUUCCCCCGCUGCAGGGACGCACUUCGGCGCUGCAGCCCAUCAGGGUGGCUGGGCGCAUGCGGGAGGUUCCUACGGCGAUAUGGCGACGCAAGCGGCGGCGCAUGGCUUGGGGGGCGCAUCACAUGCCAGCCCCUUGUCCGCCGGUCAGUUUUACGCCCAGAACAUGAUGAUGUCGUCUUGGAGGGCCUACGAUGGAGCUGGAUUUCAAAGGACAUCCCCUUAUGAGGGUACCAUGGAGUUCCAGUUCGGCGAAGGAAGGGAAUGCGUCAAUUGCGGUGCCAUUUCCACCCCCCUGUGGAGGCGGGAUGGUACUGGACACUAUUUGUGUAACGCUUGUGGUCUGUACCACAAGAUGAAUGGGAUGAACAGACCUCUGAUCAAACCCUCCAAAAGACUGACCGCCACCAGACGCUUAGGUCUCUGCUGCACGAAUUGCGGCACCAGGACGACGACGCUCUGGCGUCGCAACAACGACGGCGAACCUGUUUGCAACGCCUGCGGUCUCUACUUCAAGCUGCACGGCGUCAACAGGCCUCUGGCGAUGCGCAAGGACGGGAUACAGACCCGCAAACGAAAGCCCAAAAAACAGGGGUCCGGAGGCGGUGAACGAGAUGACAGUAGCUCCACCUCCGUAGAAGAUGGAAAAACAUCCCUAAGUAUAUCAUCAACCCAACAACAACAACACUCCAACCAACAAGUGCCAUCAUCUACUCAGAACCACACCAGUCAUCAACAUUCACCUGAAAACAAAAUUCCCCAAACCCUAGAGAGACCUUACAUAAGUCCUGGUUCUCUGUUGCCAUCCUCGUCGAGCGUGGUGAAGAGCGAACCAGGAUACGACUACAGCUGCCUGCAGAACCAAGGGUACCCUUACCAACAGUUAUUCGGUUUUCCUGGCGCCACAGCCGCGAACCCAGAGCUGGCUUACCAUCACCAACAUCACGUGACAGCGUCCGCUAAACUGAUGGCUACAACAUAGGACAUGAGGUGGUAGCAAUGGUAUCUGCAGAAUCAGCUUAAAAUACAGGCACUGCUGCGCUGACGGGAAGGCUGAAUGUGAAGCAGCAGCUUUUUGUGCUAUCUCAAAAGUGAGGGUACAAUCAAACCAUGACAUCAGAAUAAUAAGAUCUCAACAAUUGUAGUCAAAUUGUGUUAAACAAAGAAUCAACUAUUCAGGUUGGAAUUGAUCCUCAAAUACGUAAUAAUGCCUUUGUAGGUAGUCGGAGUUUUUUUCAAGAUUAUUUAAAAAAUGAAUACAUUUCUGAAACAAAUCAUCGAAUAACGUUGAGCAUUCUGAAAAAGUUGCAUUGCAUGUCUUCCACAUAAAUCUAUGAGCAAUAUCGAUAAAUUUGAAGAAUUGUUGAAUUAUGAAGCAUUUUUAAACUGAAACAGUCUAUAGUGGAAAUUGGAACGAUAAAUAAAAACCUUACUUCCUAGAUGAAAAUAUGUAAUUAUUUUUUACUUUUAUUUAUUAUUAUUCCGUUCCCCGUUGUAUAAAUACAUAUGACAAAUAUUUCAGGCUUCGUGAUCUUUUUUGUUGUAUUAUCAAAACUCAUUAGUUCUUCAAAGAAGAUAAUUAUUGUGGACUGCAUAAGCAUCUAAUUUGAGGGUAAAAUUUCCAGUAUCCAAAUUAAAUAUUAUAUCCUCUGGUUAUCUUCAAACUUCAACCUGUAC